AUGUUCUCCUCCUUCGUCUCCUUUCUCCCUUCAUUCAAUCCACUCACAUCAACAGAACAACAGCCACAACCGUUCAAACAGGAUUAUCAGACGGACGACGACGAACCUGACCCAGACUCUACCCAAAAACCACCGCAACAAGAGCAGCAACAAGGUGAUGAGCAGCCGACUCAAAAGUUAAAGGACAAACCUGCGAAUGAGGUACAGCUCGUACCACCAAACGGCCGUCCACCAUCGGGUGUCACACCUACGGGGGAUUCCUUUGCUGGUGGUGGGGCUACCCCCACGUCCGCAUCUACCUCAGGCCGCAAAAGCACCGACGGCGCUUCUCUAGCCCGCACCUCAUCCGACCGCUCUGACGCCUCUUUACCCGUUAAUUACGGCUCGUCCACCGCCUCUUUCGCUUCCGUCGCUUCCACGUCUACAACUGCUUCUACUCGUCGGACUAUCAUUCCACUUUAUAAUCUUCAAGCUCAUAAUGUAAUGACCAACGUUAUCGUUGAUGCCGGCACUGAUGCCAAGAUUGCUAAAUUCCAAAAACGCGGUAUGGAACUCAUAGAUCUGGCCGUAAUAGAACCUGUAGAAGUCUGGGGUGAACGAGAUAAGGAGGCGAAGCAAGGUGGUUUGAGAAUUAGUGUUGACGAAAUGGGCGCCGUUGUCGCUCUGACACCCAACAAAGGGAGUUUGGCGUCCUCUAGGAAUACGGCGGGUUUCCUUCAGCCACGAACAUCCAGUAGACCUGCCACACCUUCCGCAGCUUCCUCUGCCCUAUCUCUUCACUCAGAAACAGUACCCCUCGCACCACAGCCACAAGUCGUCCUUACACCACCUACGUCUCAAUCCACUCACUCCACAGAUGCCACACCAACUCCGUCAUCCCCCACACCCAAGCCCAGUUCGAUGAAUCCCAGUGGCAGCAAACGCAACAUUUUCGGAAAACUCUUCAACAAGCGGAAUGGUACGGCCAAGGAUCCCCCUUCCAAUGGUGCAGACAGGGCUUCUGCGCCAAAUUCACCUGCCUUUGCGACCUUUUCCAUGACUCCCGUUAAAGAGCCCACGACGAGAGGUAACCCCACGCCUCUGAGACUGAUGUCCCCACCAACAUCCCCGAACUCCCAGCAAACAACCCCAACACAACGGGCACCACAGACCCCACGUCCGGCGGAUGUAGAUAUAAGUCCAAUCUCCCCCACCCCCACAGUAGCGCCGUCAAAAGGCCACGGUCGGAAUCUGAGCCUGACCAACGCUAUAUCGAGUUCUAUCAGAAACAACAAAAACCGAUUAAGUGCAGUGAUGGUUGACGGUAUUGUGAGGAGAGGAAGCCGUGAUGGAUCACCUAAUUCCACCAUCGGAGGUUUGCGCGGGAACAACCACAGCGCACUAAGUCUAGCCGGGACUGGAAGUCGCGGCAGCGUGGAUUCGCUCUCCCAGGCUGCCUCGCAUGGGCUUCUCCCCAUCCCUCCAGCUAUGGGGGCGCAAGAGGCCACAGUAACACCAAGCCCAACGCCCUCUCGCCAACUCCAACUUCGACCCCCUAUCUUGGGCAUCCAGCCGACUUUUGUGUCAUCAGCCACGACGUCCUCGGAUUUGGGGUCCCCACUUGUUACGGGGACCGGGGGAACGACGUUCGAGGCGCAACAGCAGGAAAAGGAGAGCAAACAAUCGCUGGCGGGGCAGAAAGCCUUGUUAUACGUGUGGCUUGUGCGCAAAUGGUUGAAGCGCCGGCCCGCAGUGGAUGGCGGGGGUAUUUUGGGCCUCCAUCUGCCUGGGGCGUUGCUUCCUUCUGCUUCUGCCUACGGGAAAGAUGGUGCUGCGGCGUUUAGCCAGCAGCAGCAGAUGAUAGAGGGGUUGGGGCCUGUUGAGGUUAGGUUUGAGUGGAAGAGGGCCAAGGGGGCUUCUGGAAAGUCUGGGAAGAGGGGGAGGAAGAGCCUUCGAAGGGGGAUGGCGGUUUCGCAGGGUGGUGCUGGUGAUAAUGAGAACGAGGAGAAGCCGAGGGAGGUUAGGAAGGAACGAAGUGUUCCGGAAGAUUUGGGUCUUGAGGCUGGUGUGGAUCCUGAAAGUAGCAGCAGGAAACAACGGCGGGCGACGAUGCAAGUGACCGCGGAAGAAAGACUGAAGUUGGAGGAGAAGAAACGAUGGAGUCGGAGGUUGAGUGGACAGAGUUUUAGCACGGGGACGACAACUACGUUGAGCGAAGAAGCGAAUGGGCCGCCUGCGUCUCCUGUUCCUUCGCGCAAUCCGCAACCUCCAUCUUCGCCCAUGCCUGGUGGGAAGUCGAUGGACAGGGUAGUUUCGGGCUCUCCAGCCAGGAAACGGCUUUCAUUGAAGAAAGACCUGGACGAUUCAGGGGAAUACGAUGCAGGCGAAGAAAGCGACCCAGAAGAUUCGGAGACGCCUUGGAUAUGCACCCUGAAGAUCCGUCGAGUUGGGGGUGAUGCGAACCUUUCACGUACCAGCUCGAGUAUGAAUGGUCAUGAGAAUGGGGGACACUCGAAAGCUGCUUCCAGCGCUAACGUUGGCACGGGGAUCCUCCGCUUGAAAGUGGGCACGCUGUCUCCGACACCGCAUCAUCCCAAAGUGGUCGCCAUGCUUAAAGUCCCGUUUCCACUCCCUGACGUGGAGGUGGAGAGGAUGGGGGUGGUGAAGCGCCGUGGGGUGGGUGCGCCUGCUCGGCAGACUUAUGCUGGGUUGACGCUUACGGCGGAGGAGAUCAAGGAUGUGGCCCACAAAUUUUUACAAUGGGCGUGGAGGCUUUUGUUUUUGGAUAUCACUCAGAAGACGUCGCCUCCUACUGCACGCCAUCAAUCUGCUGAGAACUACAAUUCGGAGGAUGAGGCAUUUAUUGAAGGACCCGAUGAGUAUACAUUUCUCGACUAA